GAUACAGGAUAACCUAGAUGGGCCCUGGUGGCCCUUUGUUAUCCUAUUAUUUAUGUUAUGUUGUCAUCUUGUCAAAACAACAAUCAUUUGGCGCCAACUUCGACUGCGCACCAUGGCUACUCAAGAGACUCAGGACAAGAAGAGGAACAGGAAGACGAACUGGACGCCUUCAUCUGGCCCACCUAUACAAAAUUCUCGCAAAAAUACUCCGGAGCGACUUCUCCACAGCUGGCUGCUCUAAGGAAGCCAGAAAUGCUGCUUGGAGGACCAAUAGUGCGGAGGUGUCUGCCGUGUCAGACAUUCUCCGCACUGAGGAGUGCCAGAAACAUUGGCAUAUUAUAAAAUCUGAGGCAAGACGGAACACCCGCAAGCAGAGAGAAGCCAUGACUGCCACAGGUGGUGGACCUCCUGCCAACCCUCCUCUCUCCCAGCUCGAUGAGUUAAUCUUUGAGAUUUUGGACCCCAAGAAUGUCUCUAUUCAUGGGUGUACCAAUAAGGCAAGCAUCAUUGAAUGCACCUUCCUUAACAAAGGAUAAGCCACUUGUAGAUAUAGCAAUAUUAGGCCAUAAUGUUGUCUCAAAUGUCUGCAAUCCAAAAUACUCGUGUUCCCAGUUAGUUUACAACUUACAGUUAUACACAAUGGUAAAUUUGUUAUCUAGUGUUGAGAAAAUUUCAUUUAUUUUUUUUUUUUAUUCUUUAACCAAACAGAUAAAACAGUAAUAAGAAAAGAAAAAAAACUAAUAAAGUUAACUUAAUUCCUAUCCCUUCUCCCCAUUCAUAAGUAUGGUGUUGUAGUGGGUGAAUGUGUUAAUGAUAACGAGUCUUAGGUAUUUACAGUUUCUUAGACAUGGGCUUCCUUCAAACAGAAUAGGAUUUAAGUCAAACACAUUGUACCCUUAGCUAGAUUUACUGGUUUCUGUUACUUUUGUCCUUAGCAAUAAAACCAAAAACAUUAUCAGCUUAGUUUCUGAAGUUAGAACUAAUGAUGCCAGCAGUGUUCAGGCAGCAGAUGAUGCUGGGGAAGUGGCAGAGGCAGCCCAACAGAGAGAAGUGGUGACCGAGGCAGUGGGUGUUGAGGAGGAGGCACCUGCCACACCACUUCCAGCACCAGUGAUGUGGCACCAACAGGGGCCAGACUUGCCUGGUACAUCACUGGUGUUUGUGGAUGAGGAGGAGAUCAUCCACCUGCAGAAGAAAAGGAAGCUUGAGCUUGCACUCCUUGAAGAAUCUAUAAUGGCUCAUGAAAGGAAGCAAGAAGCAGAACAGGCUAAGUACAUGUACUACACACAAAAACUAGAGUACCAGAAACAAACAAAUA